AUGAUCAGUGCCGAUCAUGACGAGCCUCUCCAUGUGCUCGACCUGCCUCAGAUCUACAGCAAACCCUCCGGCACCGACCUUCUCCGAGCUCUCGACCUUCUCGCAGUCAAACCACGCGGUUUCAGCACCAGCGCUGGCCAAGAAGCGGUGAAGAGCAGAACAGUCGAACCAAGCGGAGUAACCCACUAUCUGACGUCCAUCGUCUCCAGCUCUCUUUCAUGGCUCGAUACUGAUGAACUGCGGGAGGCCAUUUGGGACACUGCUGCUGCUCGGUUGAGCGAGCGGGCAGGGCGCACCGCCAUGCCAGCCAUGUCCCGAUCCUUCACAAUCCCUACCUCAUCGGACGAGGAGCUCACGCUGACACUGCAUGAGCCCUCAUUGACCGCUGACAACCUAGGCAUGAAAACCUGGGUCUCAUCGUACCUCCUCUCCCGACGCCUUCACACACUUCUCGAUGUCGCUCCAGCGCUUGUACCCUCGUCAUCAACGACUCCCAAGUCAGACAGGACGCUCCGAGCGCUGGAGCUGGGCGCCGGGACCGGGCUGGUGGGCCUUUCCUUUGCAGCUCUCCGCGGCAGCUCGGCGACAAUCCAUCUCACAGACCUACCUGACAUCGUACCAAAUCUAGCCCAUAACGUCUCCCUAAACGUCGAACUGCUCACAAGAACGGAUGCAGCCGUCACAACAGGGGUACUGGACUGGUCUGUGGCGCCAUCACCACCACCAAGGGAAGAACAGUACGACCUCAUUCUGGCUGCGGAUCCGUUGUACUCGCCCAAGCAUCCUAAGUGGCUGGUUGACACGAUCGGUCACUGGCUAAGACGCGGACUGGACGCUCGCGUUGUGGUCGAAAUGCCUCUGCGCGAUGCAUACCUACCUCAGGUGCAAGAAUUCCGGCAACGUAUGCAACAGUUAGGCUUAGCUGUUGUUGAAGAAGGCGAGGAGGUCGGGUACGACGACUGGGAAGGAGCGGACGGGGUUGCGCUUGAGGUCCGAUGCUGGUGGUCAGUCUGGGGAUGGAGCGAGAAGCUCUAG